AUGCAACCUCCAUUUCCAUCACCAACGGCCACCUGGCAUAACGAAUCUUAUGAUGCUAUCAACCCAUCGAAUGCAGGCCUCAGCCAAGCAGGGAAGACAGUAAUCAUCACAGGAGCCGGCAGCGGCAUAGGCCGUGCUACAGCUCUAGCUUUCGCGAAAGCAGACGCAGCACGCCUGAUCCUAAUUGGACGCACCGAAUCGACCCUCGAAGAGACCAAAAAGCUUCUCGCAGGGAGUAAAUCAGAAUGUGCAGUCUACCCUGUCUCAGCGACUGAUGAGACUGCGAUGCAUGACAUCGCUAAACAGGUCGGCGCCUGGGAUGUCCUCGUUCUUGCCGCAGCACACAUUUCCUCGCCGUCCAAGAUCGUCGAGGCUUCUCUGCAAGAUUGGUGGGCGGACUAUGAGACGAAUGUCAAAUCCAUCAUAAUCGCUUCACAAGCUUUCAUCCCAAGUGCAAAGCCUGGUGCUGCUUUGUAUACGCUCGCUGCUGGCGCAGCUGCUCUGCCGCCAGCAUACACACCCGGACUAUCGGGUUACCUCGUAUCAAAGACCGCGCAGACAAAGAUCGUCGAGUUUCUUGCCGCUGAGAACCCAGAUCUCUUUGCAUGCGCCGUACAUCCUGGAAUGGUGGAUACAGGUAUCUUCCGAGGCUCUGGCGCGGAUCCGUCACAGCUACCUAUGGACUCUGUGGAUCUAAGCGCGAACUUUCUUGUUUGGCUAUCGCAGCCAAAGACUAAGUUCCUGAGCGGUAAGAUGGUUUGGGCGAACUGGGAUGUGGAGGAGUUGGAAGCGCGCCAGGACAAAAUCAAGGGGAGUUCGAUGAUGACGGUUGGGCUUGAGGGAUGGCCCUACAGUCCUGCUGCUGCGAAGUAG